CUGACUUCCGGGUUACGUCACAACAGCGCGCCAAUUUUUAAAACAGAAGUGUAGCAUUAUAAAAUCACAACAAAUAUUCUGAAACCUCGAGUCAAAGUCAAAGCGAUGGACGAUCUGACACAACAAGGUGUCCUGGGUCAUUUGAUGGCACUAGAGAGGGGAAGUUUGGUACCUAAGGACCCAAAUCAGUCUAAAAAAUUAGAGACGCUCAAAGUCACAGCUGUGACCCACCGUACCAAAAGAGAUCAACUCAAACGUCAGGUAGAGGAAAUCAAGAUCCUAAAAGAUCAAAUCAAAAGCGGUCUGCCUUUGGAUGAUGAUGGAGGUUCUGCAGAGCUACAGAGGUCCCUGUUAACCGCUUGGAGAAUGCAGUUAAAAGACCUUCAGCGUGCCCAUCACUUAAUUGGUGGUUACGAUGUGGUGGAAUGUAAGGAAGGGAGAAGCGUGUGUGUGUGCUUUCACACUGCCUUCGAGGGUGUAUACUUGGACACUUAUAACAUGGAGUUGGAUAUGACACAAACUGUGCAGAUCGCUCGCCAUAACAUUCCCCCUUCAAUCCCACUCGAGAGAUUCGCCAAACAGAACUUGCAGAAAGACUUUAAAGCUUUCCUGCAAACGCUCAGCCAGAACCUCAAUGCUUUAGCUGCUCGCAGACAACAGAUCUCGCUCAUCAAGGAGCUUGUUGGUUCUGUGGAAGUGAUGGAGAGCAAUCUGUUGUGCAAUACUCUAGUUCUAAUGUGUAAAGCUCAAGGCGAGACGUCCGGGGUGGUUCUAUGCACACUGCAGUACAGAGAUCUCACACACUAUCUCCCGAGACAUGUGUGCAUUGAGAGCGAAGAUAAAACACUUUCAGAAUCUGAACAGUGGAAGAAGAACCAGAUGCUGUUCUUGGAGUCUCCAGCUCACACGGCCCUACUGACAAUGAAGAGAAUGGGGAGCAUUGUUUAAGUUAACACCAAGAUGAACCAGAUGUUACAACCAGAUCCUUUUAAAAUAAUUAUAUUGCAAUUCAACAUGCUCUUUUAACAGAGAUGAAAUGAUGAUGCCACAGAGAUCUGUUCUGUUACAUUCAGGUUUAUAUACACAUAGUAUAUGAGGUAGUUUUAGGCAAACAAACUAUUAAUAAAUCAUAUCAUCCUACCGUCAAAUAAAUAGCACGUGUUCUCAAAUAUGUUCAAUAGUGUUGAGAAAACUCUUUAUUUUCUGCCGCAGCUUUUCUCUCUGGAGUUGUUUUAGUCUUUCCUUAUACCAUCUGUAAAUCUCUUCUUGCCGCAUGAGCUCUUUUUGGGAGAUGCUGUCAAUCAACGCCAGGCCUUUCAGUUGCAGAAUUGAAAGCUGACCAUUUUCAGAAGCUUUGAGUUUCUCCGUAAACACUUGGAGAGAUGAGUCGUCCUGCUUGCAUGGAAAUGUUGCUGAUUUGGCAAACCUCAGUUCUUUAUCAUCGUCGAAAUGUUUCGCUGAAGUUACGGUUCUGAAAGUUGGUGCGGAUUUGGAAACACGGCUCUCUCGUGUGUCACUUUUCACCAUCUUGCCCUCCGAUAUGGCUCUCAUUGUGUUAUUUACAGUAGCUUGUGGUUCGCACACUCUCAAAUUCAGCAGUCUUUUGUGUUCCUUUAAUACUAACUCUCGCUCUUGUUCCAGAAGUCUGAGAUUGAGUCUGUAUUUGGCGCUGAUGCUGUGUAGUUUCCACUGCAGUUGGACGUCUUCUCUGUGGUUUAGUAAUCUUACGUCCAUGUAAAGGAAACACUUGGGUCUCUUGAGGCUUGACUGGGUUGUCAUAUUGAGAUUUCAACCUGAAAACGAAUGGAAUGAAACAGCAUCUAUGUUUCCCGUAAGAUUUUGGAUGUACAGACCGAUUUGUUUAUUUUACCGUUGUUUAUAGAUUGUGUAUUUAGAGAAUAAAUAAGUACAUUUACAAUACCUGAAA